UCUAUUUCCUGUGCUUAUAUUCAAACGUCGGGUGCGUGAACCGGAAGUGAGCUGAACGGCGUUUCUAAGGAAGCCUUGGCAACAACUUCGGUGGAAGACGUUUUGAUGAGUGGUUUGCUUCUCUUAUAACUACAAGUAGUUCAUCAAAAUGAAGACUCCAACAUCAACUAUCCAAACUAAUGCUGCUACUGCUACACAUGGAAACCUGGUCAGCACAUCCAAUGCAAAUUUUUCUGAACACAUGGAUGAACGAUCCUCAGUUUUAACCCAGGAUACACAAGAGUUUCUAACAGAUCUGUUGAACAGGCAAAAAACAAGGUUAAAUGAGCUGUCAUCCCACCUUUCCAGUAUGGCACACUCUGAAACAUUUCUUUCAAGCUUAAAAAGUAGCAUGCAUUGGCCAGUUGAAGAACUUACUUGUGAUAAAGUUGUAACGUUACUGACAAAGCUCAAAGAUACUGAUGUAGCUGCUAAUUCUGUUGAAACACUUAUUGAGAAAUUGAAGGAUUCUUCAAGAGGUAUACUGAGGGCCGAUAAUGUUUCUAGCUUGGAUGCUAUCGACAUUUCAAAGCAAAAUGAUCUGCUCUGGAAAGAACUUGAAACAUUCAGACAUAUUAGGGGAAUUCUUGAAUCCUUUCUUCAGACACAUUAUUCUAAGUCUAGCAGAUUAAUUAAUCAGGAGAGUGUGGAAGUUUUGAUGGGACAACUGCUUGAACAUGAAAAAGACAAUUUAAGACUAAGAGAACAAGUUGUAGAAAAAGAAACAAAGGUUGAGGAUCUUUUGCACCUUAUUCAGCAGGAGAAGGAUACUGCUGUGAAAUCCAACCAAGUUUCAAGAUCUACCGAAGCUACCCAUAUUCGCCUCCAGAACCUAGUAAAAAGAAAAGAGACUGAGAAUCAGCAGAUGGUCACUCAAAUACAGAGUCUUGCAGCAGUCAUUUCUGGUCGGAAACUGGAAAUUGAAGACCUCAGACGUGAAAUAACACAUUUAAAAGAGAAGCAAACAUUUGAGAAGGAAGGUUUAAAAAAGGCCUUCCGUGUACAAAAGCAAAAGGUGGACAAUUUUCAGGAUGUCAUGGAAAAUCUGAAUACCCAAAUUAAAAAGAAGGAAACCGAAUUGUCUGAGGUGCAUUCCUCUUGUAGCAUCUGGAAGGAUCAUCAUGACUCUGCAGUGGAAACAAAGACAAGGUUGGAGGUUCAACAUGAAUCUCUUACCAAGCAGAUAUCAGACCAUUUAAAACACAUUAAAACAAUGGACGAAGAAAGGGAACAGUCAAAAGAAGAAAACGCAGAGAAGAUUUCCGCCAUUAUAUUAGAGAAUGCCCGUUUCAGUGAAGAAAAUGUGAAACUAAAGGCAUCCAUUGCUGCUCUAGAAAGUGAGACUGUGUUAGUCAACAGUGAAUUGUUAGAGGUCCGAGAGAAAGCGAGCCAACAGAAACAUUUUGCCGAACAAUAUGAAAAUCAGGUGCAAAAGUUACAAGAAGAACUGAAUAAACUUAAAGAAAAAUUUAAAGAUGUUCUCACAAAAAAGAAAGAAAUCUUGGAAAAUAAAGCCUCUGAAAAUAAGAAGGUGAGAAAACAACUGGAUGCUGACUUAGCCAAACUUGAACAUGUUCCUGGCAUGUUAAAAUCAGCGGAUCAGAUGUUGCAAGAGUGCCAGGACAGCCUCCUGGUGAGCAAAGGGAAAUGCGCUGAACAAUCUGAAACCAUUAAAGAGCUUCAGAUUCAGGUUGACACGAAUGAUUAUUUCCUUGGAAAUGAGUCUUUUAAGCUGGAAAAUAAUCGUAUUGAAAGAAAAUGUGAAGAGAUAAGAAUUAAAUUAGAAAAGAUGAUCAUGCACAAUGAGCAACUUGAAUCCAAAUUAAAGGGCCAAGAAAGGGAUCUACAGCGGAGUGAAGUAGAACUUGAAGGCAAAGCAAAAGAAUGUAGCACUUUAAUGAGACUUCUUGAGAAUGCUGUGGAGGCGGGAAACAAACAGAUUUCUGAAGAAAACAAUAAAGUAUUGUCAAAAGAGUUGGCUCUUCAGCGGAAAUUGCAGAGCCUUGAAAGUGAGCUGAAAAGGAAAAGGGCAGAACACAAACAGCUUGGCUGCACAUUAAAUGCUUUUGAGAAAACCCAUAAUCUUCGUUUGGAAGAAAUAAGGCACAGCCUUGAAAUGACAGAGAGCCGAAACAAGAGCAUCCAGAGUUAUGUCCAGUUUUUGAAAACAUCUUAUGCCGCUAUGUUUGAAUAAAAUAAACAGGUUUUCUUAAUAAACAAA